ACGCAGGUCAGCAGAGAUUUCCUUGCUUUACACCGACAAUUUCAGUCAAUAAAACACAAUUGUUGGCAAAAAUUGUUCUCUAGUUUUAAUUUCACUGCUUUUUGCCACCAUCAGGCAUUAUAUUUACUAAAAUUGCCAAGUGGUUAAAUUUAGGAAUUCGCAAUAACGCGUUGGGCAUUUAAAUUGCGCACGAACCGACUCCAUGAAUAUGUCAACAUAACCCAGUUGUUAUUUUGUAGUCAUCUCUCUUAGUAUCAAUAUUCCAUUUGAAUUUUUUUAUCGUGGAUUUAUUUAUAAUAGUGUAACUAAAACUAUGAUACCAUAGUUCUUUUUAUUCUUAUGAUAAAUCUUUUAUCAUACAUAAAAGUAGAUCUGUAAAUAAAAUGUCGGAAAAAGAAGAAGAACCUCAAACAGGUGAGGCUAGUGAACCAAAAACUCCUGAUGUAGCUGCCGAAGAGACAAAUCCAAAUCCAGAUCCUCCAACUACUGAACCUAGUUCAGCUAACAAUGAAACACCUGUUGCAUCUGACAAAGAAAAGAAAAUUGAAGUACUACUCAAAGCAACAGGCGAUGCCCCUAUAAUGACAAAGAAAAAGUGGACUGUCCCUCCGGAUAAAACUCUUGGCUGGAUCUCAGAAUUUAUUAAGAAAUUUAUCAAAAUGGGACCUGAGGAGCGAUUGUUUUUGUACAUAAAUCAAACAUUUGCUCCAGCUCCUGAUCAAACAGUAAAAAAUAUAUAUGACUGUUAUGGCACAGAUGGCAAAUUGAUCAUUCAUUACUGUAAAAGUCAAGCAUGGGGAUAAAAAUGCCAAAUAUUGUUUGAAAAAGUUAUGAUUUUUCCAAAUGAGACAAGAAUUAUGUUUGUGAUACUUUAUUUAUGUUGUACAUAAAAGUAUGAAUUUUAUGCAGAAGAUUUAUUUAUUUUUAUUUUAUUUUUAAUGAAGCAGUCUCCAAAGGAAAUAAUGAAGUAAUUAUUUCAUCCUUGUAUUAUGAUUUAUAAUGAAAUGAUUACUAACAAUUGAUUGCGAAUAAAAUGUUUUUAUACUUUGAAAAAAA